UUAUGAUAGAAAUAUCAUGGAAAUAUCUUUUUGAAACAUUUACAGUGAAACUAUGCAAGACUUAACAGCACAAGUGACGAGCGGUCUUCUGCAGUUCCCAGAAGUGACUAUUGAAGCCCUGGGAGAAGAUGAAAUCACAUUAGAAUCUGUACUUCGUGGAAAGUUUGCUGCAGGGAAAAAUGGACUUGCUUACUUGACUUGUGGCCCACAGCUUGAGGUAGUGCACUCUAUAACAGGAGAGCGGUUGUCUGCGUAUAGAUUCAGCGGACUGAGUGACGAGUCACCUAUCAUCCUCGCUGUGAAAGAGUUCUCUUGGCAGAAGAGAAGCGGAUUGUUGAUUGGACUGGAAGAUGCAGAAGGGAGUGUCCUCUGCCUCUAUGACCUGGGCAUAUCCCGAGUGGUAAAAGCAGUCGUUCUUCCUGGAAGGGUAAUAGCUAUUGAACCUAUAAUUAAUCAUGGAGGAGCCAGUGCAAGCACUCAGCAUUUGCACCCAAGUUUGCGGUGGCUUUUUGGGGUGGCAGCUGUGGCAACUAAUGUUGGACAGAUCCUUCUUAUUGACCUAUGUCUUGAUGACUUAUCAUGCAGUCAGAAUGAAGUGGAGGCAUCAGCCUUGAAUAUGAAGUAUACUAAUUUUUGUGCCUAUUACAGAUACUACACACAAUUGGAAAGUGGAAGGGUUCCCGUAUAUGCUGUUACUUUUCAAGAACCUGAGAAUGAUCCUCGAAAUUGCUGUUACUUGUGGGCUGUUCAGUCUACACAAGAUAGUGAAGGGGAUGUGCUGAGUUUGCAUCUGCUUCAACUGGCCUUUGGGGAUAGAAAGUGUUUACCAUCAGGACAAAUCUUAUAUGAGGGAUUGGAGUACUGUGAAGAAAGAUACACACUGGACCUCACAUGUGGCAUGUUUCCUUUGAGGGGACAGACUAGUAAUACCAAACUGUUGGGAUGCCAGAGUAUAGAGAAAUUUCGAUCUCAUGGUGACAGGGAGGAAGGCAUGAGUGAAGCUCUGUCUCCUGACACUAGCGUUUCAAUCUUCACCUGGCAAGUGAAUAUAUAUGGACAAGGAAAGCCUUCUAUAUAUUUGGGGAUUUUUGACAUAAAUCGUUGGUAUCAUGCACAAAUGCCAGAUUCAUUAAGAUCGGGAGAAUCUCUACAUAAUUGCUCUUAUUUUGCAUUGUGGUCGCUGGAUUCUGUUGUAAAUAUGACUUCUCCAUAUUACAUCUUGGAUUUAUUAGUCCACGAGAGAAGUUUAAAUCGAGGACUUGCUCCUUCAUACUCGCCUCCUGAGCAGUUUUUUAACCCAAGUUCCUAUAACUUUGAUGCCACUUGUUUGUUAAACUCAGGAGUUGUUCAUAUAACUUGUACUGGCUUUCAGAAGGAGACUUUGACCUUUUUAAAGAAAUCAGGACCAUUUAUUAAUGAAGUUAUUUCGGAUAGUUAUAAUCGAUGUCUUAUGGCUGGCCUUCUCUCACCAAGACUUAUUGAUAUGCAGCCUUCCAGUUUAAGUCAGGAAGAACAAUUAAAAGCUGUAUUGUCAGCAGCAAUCCACACAAGUUCCCUGGGACUUUUGACUGGAUAUAUCAGGAGGUGGAUACUGGAUGAACAACCAAAUUCUGCUGCUAAUUUGCGCUUUGUUCUUGAAUGGACGUGGAAUAAAGUGGUUCUCACAAAAGAGGAAUUUGACAGACUAUGUACACCGUUAUUUGAUGGUUCCUGUCGUUUCAUUGAUCCACAGACUAUACAGUCUAUUCAACAAUGCCAUUUGCUUCUUAGCAAUCUUAAUACAGUCUUAAGCUGUUUUGCAACAGAGGCGCAAGAGAUCACGGAAAGAGGCCGUAUGAACUUAGCCAAUAAAUGUGCGGUCUCCCAGCUCAUCUGUCAGUAUGCACAAAUGGUUCUCUGGUUCUCUCACUCUGGGCUUUUACCAGAGGGCUUAGAUGAUGCUGUGCAGUUGUCAAGGUUAUGCUACAACUACCCUGUAAUUCAGAGCUACUACACCAGUCGUCGGCAGAAGUGUGAGCUUUUAUCAAGUGGGAAAUGGAACUCUGACUAUUUGAUGAUCGAUGGAAUGGUUUCUCAGUUAGGAGAUCGAGUUGAGAAGUUGUGGAAACGAGAUGAAGGAGGCACAGGGAAAUAUCCUCCUCCUAGUCUGCAUGCACUACUUGACAUAUACCUACUAGACAACGUUUCUGAAGCAAGCAAACAUUUUAUUACCAUUUAUUUGCUACUUGAUAUUAUGUAUUCAUUUCCAAACAAAACAGAUACUUCAAUUGAAUCAUUUCCAACUGCCUUUGCCAUUUCUUGGGACCAGGUUAAACUUAUUCAAGGAUUUUGGCUGAUCGAUCAUAAUGACUAUGAGAAUGGUUUGGAUCUUCUGUUUCAUCCAGCUACUGCAAAACCUUUCUCAUGGCAGCAUUCAAAGAUUAUUCAAGCCUUUAUGAGUCAGGGCGAGCACAGACAAGCCCUCAGAUAUAUUCAGACAAUGAAGCCAACAGUGUCCAGUGAUAGUGACAUUAUCCUUCACAUCACUGUUUUGCUUUUUAAUAGGUGCAUGAUUGAGGCCUGGAGUUUACUGCGAUACCAUUCUAGUAGAUCGAAUAUAGAGGAGUUACUAGAGCACACAUAUAAAGGCUGUCAGGAAAUGGGCUUAAUGGAGGACUUACUGAAGCUACCAUUUACAGACACUGAGCAGGAGUGUUUGGUGAGGUUUUUGCAGUCCAGCACCAGUGUUCAGAAUCAUGAGUUACUUUUAGUUCACCAUUUACAGCGUGCCAAUUACAUCCCUGCCUUGAAGCUGAACCAAAAUCUGAAGAUCAAUCUUACGAAUGAUCGUGAUCCUCACUUGCGGGAGAGAUCUGUGGCACGAAAUUCUAUAUUAGAUCAGUAUGGAAAAGUUCUUCCGAGAGUCCAUCGAAAAUUAGCCAUGGAACGAGCUAAGCCUUACCGUGUGCCAACAUUAUCAGUUAUUCGAAAAGUUUCUCGGCCCAAACCAUUAUCAGCAGUUCCAAAACGAGCUGUAAUAGGGACGGUGUUAACAAGGUCUGCUUUCAUCCAUAACGUGUUAUCUAAAGUUGGAGAGGUUUGGAAAAGUGAUGAACCUAAAAAUAGCACCGUAGCCUACAGCAGUCCUAAAAUAGAAGGACCAUCUCCUGUAGUGUGUUCUCUCCCAGAUUCAGAGCUGCCUGGGGCAUUUGUUGGAACACCAAUUUUAAAAGCAUCACAAAAAGUUUCUAGACUGCUGGAUUUGGUUGUGCAUCCUGUUCCGCAGCUUUCUCAGUGUUUGGGGUUCGUCCAGCAAACCCCCACCAGAUAUCCUUUGUACCUAACACCUAGCUCACCGUCAGUAAGCUCACCGAUAAAGGGAUCACGUCAGAAUACCUCCAGGGCUUCAGAGUUACAUUUACUUGAAACUCCUGUUGUCGUGAAGAAAGCUAAAACUUUGGCCAUGUCAAUUACUUCCUCUGGAUUUGCCGAGUUCACUCCUCAAUCCAUCCUAAGGUCUGGUCUUCGAUCAACACCUUUAGGGUCUCCCUCUCAGUCACCUGGAAGAUCUCUUACUCCUCCAUUACGACUUAAAGAAACUAGAAUUUCAUUCAUGGAAGAUGGCAUGACCACAAAAUGGACUUCUGGAGCUGCAGAUGAUAGCAAAACAAAAGCAUUUGUGACCAGACCUUUCUACAAAUGUGGAAUUCCAGGAGACACGGAGUGGCUGACGAACAAAAAUAAGACCUCUUUUUCCCUGAAUGGCCCUGAAAUGGGCCAUCAAGAAAUGGACGUGAGGUCAGAAAACACACCUUCACAGAGUUUGGAGAAACUGGAUGUGAGCAAAGAAAACAGCAAUGUUUCCACCGAGUCACUGGAGUACCAAGACGCCCCGUCGCCAGGAGAGUUUGAACAUGUCAUGGCUGCGAAGCCAGCCAGUGCUUCCACUGGACUAAUGACUAAUCCAGCUGAAACGACUGAGAAGGACAAUGAUAACGAUGUGUGUGAAUCAGUAAUCCCUCUAGACCUGGAGAAACCAACAGGCCCUUUAGAAGAUGGAGAAACAAAGGCUGUCUUAGUUGCAGAAGAAGCACUUUCAGUAUUAAAUCACUCAAGCCCUAUUCAAGGGGUUGACGCUUCUCUUUGUGUGCCAUUAACCCAUGAAAGGAAAACCCUCACCCCGAAGUCCAAGGUACCAAUUUCAGACGAAGUAUCACUUGAAACCUGCACCUCUACAAUUAGAGCAGCUAUGGCCGAUGUCCUUGGUGAUAGCGGAAGCUCUGGGCUCGUUACCUCUGAAAGUCCUGUUAUCUCUGAACAUAGGCUUGACCAGGAAAUAGCAGUGAAUUUAGAAGAAGAUCAUGAAAUAGAAGUUGAUGCACUAAAAGGAAGUGUUGAGUUACCAGAAGAAAAGCCUCCAAUUUCUGACGAUUCUCCUGAUAUUCAAAAAGUUCAUGUAAUUGAAAAUGAAAAGCUUGAAGUUCAAGACUCAGGACAAGAGGCUAAGACUCUUUCAUUUAAUGAGUAUCCCUCAGGAACUCUUAAGCUUCAGUAUAAUUUUGAGACCAUAGAGCAACAGUUCUGUGACUUGCCUGAGAAUAAGGACGCUGCUGAGUGUGGUGACAUUGCUGAAGUAGAUGGGGAACUUUUUGUGGCUCAGAGCAACUUCACCUUGAUACUGGAAGGUGAAGAAGAAGUUGAGGCAGGUGAUUCUGCAGCAUCUAAUGUGCUAGCUAAAGCAGCUAACACAGUAACUGAUUCAAAACAUGUAUACACUGGGGAAAACGAUGACCAUGGACAUGUUGCAAACUUGCCAUCUGUCAUAACUAAUGAACAGGAGUCCCAAAAGACAGAGGCCUUACCGAAUGUGCCUGAACCAAUUAAAGCAGCAGUAGCAGGAAAUGUACUAGAUGUAAUUAAAGACACGAGAAGUAAAGACAUUACUUCAGAUACGAUGGAAGAGUCCACCCAUGAAAACAUACCUUUAAUAAGCCAAAAGGUAAGGAGUUCCACCAGGUCAGUCAAAUCUACAUUGAAGACUGCUCAGGAAGCAAGUACAGUGACUGUGAAUGUUAACCAAGUUAAUGACAUGACUCCAUCCAGACCUCGAACCAGACGACAGCGGACCCAAAGCCUGGAUGUGAAAUCGGUGCAACAGGAAGAGCCAGCAGCUGCUGCUCCUCCUGAGGUGCUAGGACUCUCGGUUAGAAAGAAAACGAGGAAAACAAAAGAAACGUCGGAGGCUUCGGAAAGUGCCUGUCCUAGUGUCCAAGCACCAUCUCAGACCCAGCACAUACCUCAACAUGCUCUCACUCCUAAGAGAGGAAGGAGGAAGAAAGACACAUCAGAGAGUCUUAACUCUGUGGAACAAGAAUUACAGGUUACUCCGGGUCGGGUAUUAAGAAGUUCAAGAUCUCUGUUGGAACCAGCAACCACAGACACUUCUCUGAGAAAAGAAGUUAAGCUUUCAUCUGUUACAAAAAAGACUCCUAAAAGAGUGAAAAAAUCUGUAGAAAAUCAGGAAAGUGUUGAAAUUGUAAGUGACCUAAAAACCAGUAAAGAGGCAAGUCCUCGCAUAAGUAACGAAAGAUUGAGACCUGCUAAUUUAGAGACUUCUGAAAAUUCAGGACACGAGCAAGAUGGGAAGUUCAGUGAACAGCAGCGGCCUGUCCAAGGGAGUAAAAGGGUCACAAAGAGAGACAUUAAGGCACCAGGUGUUAGAGAAGACUCUAAACUUGAUUCAUCUCCCUUGACUCUUCAAGCAGAAGGUGAUAUACCUGCUACACCUAGGAAACGUGGUAGACCGAGGAAAAUUAACCCGUCACUAGAUGUAGGCUCCGAGGCUGUUAAGGAAGAGGACACGCCUAAGAAGAGCAAAGUUCAGAAGAGAUCUGCGAGAAACACCCCAGCUAAAAGUGAAAAUACUGAGUUUGGAAAACCAACUUUAGAAAAAUCCGUUUUAGUGCCAAAUGAGGAACUUGUUACAGUGAUGAGUGCUAAGAAAAAGAUUACAAAAAGGAUUGAAAAUCAAAGCCAAAAACGUUCAUUACGCUCAAUACCUGAAAAAUACAUAGAGGAAGACAUGGCGCAGAAGGAACCCCAGGACCGAGAAGAAAAAUUACCUGCCAAAAGCCCUGUGACUCAGUUUUCCCGGAGCACAAGGACUCGGUCCAGCACGGCCAUUUUACUGCCUGACCUUUCUGCGCCAGAAAAUGCGUCUGUGUUUUCUCCUGUGUCAAAGGUUUCAAGGAAGGAUAAAGGUAUGUUUAUUUCUCUUCCAAGUAUGAUUUUCAUUUUAUGCAGUCUUCAGUUUCAAAUUGUUUUAAGCAUGAUUGAAGAUGAUGCUGUGGGACAGCAGAGAGUGAAAAGAAUGAGGACUGGAAAAACAAAACAAGCAAGCAGAACCACAGAGAAAGACAGUUGGUCACCUCCUCCAGUAGAGAUUAAGCUCAUUUCUCCCUUGGCAACCCCGGCUGAGAGAGUGAGGAGCAAGCCCAGGAGAACCACCGAGGAGACGGGGAAAGCUCUGGGGAGGAACAGGAAGAGACCGUCCUCCUUCCCAAAACAAAUUGUCCGCAGGAAAAUGCUGUAACUGUUUUCAAGUUUCAUUGUACACCUGUUUGUAAAGUCACCAGAAUUAUGUGGAUUAUUAAAAAUCACCUAAUUUGGAAGACAUAAUUUAUAUAAAUUGUAAAUUUUUGUAAACAGAAGGUCUUCCAUAAGUAAAAUCACUCCACAUGGAGUAUGAUUCUUUUAGUGGAGGCAUUUUAUCCCUAUUUUAUAUGAAGACUUCAGGCAUUUAUAUAAUAUGUAAAUAUGGCUUAUAUUAGAAUGUUAAAUAAAGUACACACUUCAUAGGA